AACAGGAUGGAUCAAACUCCCUUGAAAAGAAGAAGUUGGACUCCAUGUUUAAGGAGCUUCAGCCCAAAAUGAUCUCUCUGAUGAAAAAAGAGCUGAAGAGGUUCAAGAGAAUACUGAGUCCACAUUACCCAGCAUGCUCUGAGAUAGAGCAGGACGAUGAUAAAGGUCAGGACAGAAUCAGACAGGGGAUUCUGAAAAUAACACUGCACAUCCUGAGGGAGAUGAACCAGACAGACCUCGCAAACACAUUACAGACCAAAUGUGCCCCUGCAUGUCAACAAAAACUUAAAUCCAAACUUAAAGAAAAAUUUCAGAGAAUUAACGAAGGGAUCUCCAAUCAAAUGAGCUCACCACUUCUUAAUGAGAUCUACACAGAGCUCUACAUCACAGAAGGAGGGAUUGGAGAAGUCAAUAAUGAGCAUGAGGUGAGACAGAUUGAGACAGCAUCCAGGAGACCAGAGACACGGGAAACACCAAUCAAAUGCAAUGACAUCUUUAAAGCCUUACCUGGACAAAACAAACCCAUCAGAACCGUACUGACUAAAGGAGUUGCUGGAAUUGGCAAAACAGUGUCUGUGCAUAAGUUCAUUCUGGACUGGGCAGAAGGAAACACUAAUCAAGAUGUCCACUACAUAUUUCCACUUCCCUUCAGAGAGCUCAAUGUGAUGAAGGAGAAAAACAUCAGUCUGAUGGACCUUCUUAAUCUUUUUUUCAAAGAUGCCAAAGAACUGAGACCAACAGACUAUGAGGAUUACAAAAUUGUGUUCAUAUUUGACGGAAUGGAGGAAUGUCGACUUUCUUUAGAUUUCCCAAAAAAUCCAAACCUGUUUGGUGUAACAGAACCGGCCUCUGUGGAUGUGCUGCUGACCAAUCUCAUCAAGGGGAAUCUGCUUCCAUCAGCACUCCUCUGGAUCACCUCUCGACCAGCAGCAGCCAGUCAGAUCCCUCCUGAGUGUGUCGACCAGGUCACAGAGGUACGAGGGUUCAACAACCCUCAGAAGGAUGAGUAUUUCAGGAAGAGAAUCAGUGACCAGAGUCUGGCCAAUAGAAUCAUCUCACACAUGAAAUCAUCAAGGAGCCUCUACAUCAUGUGCCACAUCCCAGUCUUCUGCUGGAUUUCAGCCACUGUUCUACGGAGAAUGUUGUGUGAAGCAGAGAGUGCAGAAAUCUCCAAGACUCUCACUCAAAUGUUCACUCAUUUCCUGAUCUAUCAGACCAAACUUAAGUCUCUGAAGUAUGAUGGAAAAUGUGAAGUAGAUCCUCAACUGACUCAGAAUAAUAUUAUGUCACUAGGAAAGCUAGCUUAUGAACAACUAGAAAAAGGGAACCUGAUCUUCUAUGAGGAUGAUUUGAGAGAAUGUGGCAUUGAUGUCAGAGAAGCAUCAGUGUACUCAGGAAUUUGCACUCAGAUCUUCAGAGAGGAGUUUGAAUUUUACCUGGGGAAAGUGUACAGCUUUGUGCACCUGAGCAUGCAGGAGUUUCUUGCUGCUCUAUUCAAGCUCGUUUCAUUUAUUGGGAACAAAGAGCACAACUCAAAAAUAACUGAGUUUUUAAAGAGUGAAGUGAACCAGGCCAUACAGAGUGAGAGUGGACACCUGGAUCUUUUCCUCCAAUUCCUUCUAGGUCUCUCAUCAGUGUCCAGUAAGGCUCUUCUGCGAGGCUUGUUGGCACAGAGAGAUAGCAUGUCCUCCAGCCAAGAGGAAAUAGUUGAGUACAUUAAGAUGAAGAUCAGGGAGAAUUCCUCUCCAGAGAAAUCCAUCAAUCUCUUCCACUGUCUGAAUGAACUGAACGAUCAUUCACUAGUGCAGGAAGUCCAGACAUACUUGAGCAAAACAGGUGCAAGCCGUCUGUCUGGAGCCAGACUCUCUCCUAGUCAGUGGUCAGCUCUGGUGUUUGUGUUGCUAAACUCAGAUGAGGAGCUGGAUGAGUUUAAUCUAAGUAAAUAUGAUCAAUCAGAGGAAUGUCUUCUGAGGCUGCUACCUGUAGUGGAAACAUCUAGAAAAGCAGAUCUGAGUGGCUGUGGUCUCACAGAAAAAAGUUGUUUGGCACUGGCCUCAGCUCUCUCCACAAGUCUGAGAGAGCUGAACCUGAGUAACAACAACUUAGAAGAUUCAGGACCGAAGCACCUCUCUACUGGAUUGAAGAAUCCUCAAUGUAAACUGGAGACAUUAAAGCUGUCUGGAUGCCUAAUUAGAGAGGAAGGUUGUGCUGCCCUGGCUUCAGCUCUGAGAUUAAACCCUUCUUAUCUGAGAGAACUGGAUCUAAACUGGAACAAACCAGGAGACACCGGAGUGAAGCUUCUUUCUGUUGUACUGAAGGAUCCACACUGUAAACUGGAGAAACUGCGACUGUGGGACUGUAAUAUUGGAGAGGAAGGCUGUGCUGCUCUGGCUUCAGCUCUUAGGUCAAACCCCUCACACCUGAGAGAACUCAAUCUGAACUAUAAUAAACCAGGAUGUUCAGGAAUGAAACAACUCACUGCUCUACUGAAGGAUCAGCAUUGUAAAUUGAUUAAAUUAAUGCUGUUUGACUGCAGUAUUGGAGAGGAAGAUUGUGCUGCUCUGAUUUCAGCUCUGAGAUCAAACCCCUCACACCUGAUAGAAUUGAAUCUGAACUACAAUGAACCUGGAGAGUCAGGGGUGAAACUGCUCUCCGCUCUACUGAAGGAUCCACAAUGUAAACUGGAGAAACUCAAGUUGUCUAAUUGCAGUAUUAAAGAAAAAGGCUGUGCUUCUCUGGCUUCAGCUCUGAGAUCAAACCCCUCACACCUGAGAAAGCUGGAUCUGAGCUGUAAUAAACCAGCAGACACCGGAGCGAAGCAGCUUUCUGCUCUACUGAAGGAUCCACAUUGUAAAUUGGAGAAGCUCAAGCUUUGGAAAUGCAGAAUUGGAGAACAAGGCUGUGCUGCUCUGGUUUCAGCUCUGAGAUCAAACCCCUCACACCUGAGAAAACUCAACCUGAACUAUAACAAGCUUGGUGAUUCAGGAGUGAAGCUGCUCUUUGAUCUACUGCAGGAUCCACACUGUAAAUUGGAGAAACUACUUUUGACUGAAUGCAGUAUUGGAGAAGAAGGUUGUAUUGUUCUGACUUCAGCUCUGAUGUCAAACCCCUCACAUCUUAGAUUCCUCAAUUUGGGCAAUAAUGAACUAGGGCACUCUGGAGUGAAGCAGAUCUCUGAUCUACUGCAGAAUCCACUCUGUAAACUGGAAAAACUAUGGUUGUCUAACUGCAAUAUCACAGAGGAAGAUUGUGUUGCCCUUGCUUCAGCUCUGAGAUCAAACCCAUCACACCUGAGACACCUGAAUCUAAGUAAGAAUAAACCAGGAGAUUCUGGAGUGAUGCUGCUCAAUGCUCUGCAAAACGAUCCACGCUGUAAACUACAGUGA